CUGCCCGAGGACUGGCAGGGAGACGGCAAUAUGGCGAGAAUGCCUGGCAGCGGCGGCGGCGGCGGAGAGUGGAGCGGCGGAGGGGGAGGCGGACGCGGACGAGGCGGCGGGAACAAUGCCGGGGACCGGCCGCCCGGCCGCGGCGUCGCCCCCCGCCCGCACCGCUACUGCAGCGCCGGCGAGGAGGAGGAGGGCGAGGAGGAGGAUGAGAUCCAGGAGGUGCAGAUAACGGGGGACGAGGAGGAGGAGGACGGAGCCGAUGGGGGGCUGCUGCUGGACGAGGAGGAGGAAGAGGAGAUGGGUCUGGAGUGGGACGGCGAGGAGGAGACGGAGCCGCUGCCGUCCGCCCCGGGCCGUACGCCGGGCGGCGGUGGCAGCGGCGUCGGGGCGGCCCCGGGGGGAGCCGCAGCGGCUGCCCCGGGGGGCGGCGGUGGCCCCGGGGGGGCGGCGGAGGACGCGGAGCUGGAGGCGGCCCUGCUGCUGCAGCGGCCGGAGCGGGCGCGGCUGAGCGAGAACACGCGGUUGGCCACCCGCUACGCGGUGCGCAUCUUCCGCGAGUACCUGAGCGAGAAGGCGCAGAGCCCCGACUUCGAGACGAUGGACAAGGGGGCGCUCUGCCGGGUCCUGCGCUCCUUCUACGCCGAGGCGCGCUCCAAGAGCGGACAGCUCUACUCCAAGUCCUCCCUCAUCAGCAUCCGCAGCUCCCUCAACCGCUACCUCAACGAGCCACCCUACUGCCGCACCCUCGACCUCACCAAGGACCCCGAGCUCCGCGCCGCCAACCUCACCCUGGCUGCUGUCAUCCGCAAGCUGGAGGAGCAGGGUGCUGGGCCAGUGGUGCAGAAGCAGGCCAUCACCCGCGCCGAUCUCCGCAAGCUCUACACUUGCAGUGUCUUCAGCACCCAGAGCCCCUUUGGGCUCCUCAACAAAGUCUGGUUUGAGACCUGCAUGUACUUCUGCACCAGGGGCCGGGAGAACCAGCGGGAGCUGGAGGAGGACUCCUUUGGGCUGGCUGUAGAUGAGGAUGGACGCAAGUUCGUCUACUUCAAGGCUCUGGGGCCCUACCAUAAGUCACGCUCAUCAUCCUGGAGCAAAAAGCGGGCAGAGAGCAGCGACGAGGAGAACCUGCCCCGCAUGUAUGAGACUGGCACCGAGUUCUGCCCCUACGCUAGCUUUGUCAAAUACCUCUCCAAGCGCAACCCCCUCUGCAAGGCCUUCUUCCAGCGCCCACGGGACCACUGCAGUGAGGGUGACAUCACUUGGUACGAGAACAAGGCCAUUGGCAAGAAUCUCUUGGGCACCCGCAUGCAGAUGCUCUCCAAAGCAGCCAAGCUCUCUAAGACCUACACUAACCACUGUAUCGGUGCCGUCUCCAUUGCCACCCUCAACAGCAUCGCCGGUAUCGGCACAAAGCUGGGGGGACCGCAGCUGCCGCACCACCAACCCCCUCCCCACCACCACCACCACCUCCUCCAUCACCCUGCUGGCGGGGGCUGCUACACCCCUGCCACUCUCAACGGUGGACCACGGCCCCGGCCACCUGCCGCCAAUCCCUACGUGCUGCCCAAAGACAGUGAUGCAGCACCAGUGAAGGCAGAAGCGGCUGCAGUGGCCCCAGUUAAGCGGGCGCUCUACGAGGCAGUGUUCCCGGCAGGGGCUGCGGCCGGUGGUGAUGCCUGUGGGCCCUCUGCCUCCCCCAAAAGACUCUGCCGCCGCCCCGCUGAGCCCCUGGAUGCCGCCGCGCCUGCCGUGGUGGUGGUCUCAGUGAAACACGACCCCCUGCCUCACCUCCUCCCCGAAGCCAAUGGGCACAGAAGCACCACUUCACCCACAGUAGUUUCACCUGCUAUUGUUUCCCCCACACAGGACAGUCGGCCCAAUAUGUCAAGACCUCUGAUCACUAGAUCCCCUGCAUCUCCAUUGAACAAUCAAGGCAUCCCUACUCCAGCACAGCUCACAAAAUCCAACGCACCAGUUCACAUUGAUGUGGGUGGGCACAUGUAUACCAGCAGCUUGGCCACGCUUACAAAAUAUCCCGAUUCCAGAAUCGGCCGGCUUUUCGAUGGCACAGAGCCCAUUGUCCUCGACAGUCUCAAGCAGCAUUAUUUCAUCGACAGAGAUGGGCAGAUGUUCAGAUAUAUCUUGAAUUUUUUAAGGACAUCCAAACUCCUCAUUCCUGAUGAUUUCAAGGACUACAGUUUGUUAUAUGAAGAAGCAAAGUAUUUCCAGCUUCAGCCCAUGCUAGGAGAGAUGGAGAGGUGGAAACAGGACCGGGAGAGUGGCCGCUUCUCAAAGUCUUGCGAGUGCUUGGUGGUGCGAGUUGCCCCAGAUCUUGGAGAGAGGAUCACCCUGAGUGGCGAUAAGUCCUUGAUAGAAGAAGUGUUUCCAGAAAUCGGUGAUGUGAUGUGUAAUUCUGUCAACGCUGGCUGGAAUCACGACUCAACGCACGUCAUCCGAUUUCCACUGAACGGAUACUGUCACCUCAACUCAGUUCAGGUACUUGAGAGGUUACAGCAAAGAGGGUUUGAGAUUGUUGGCUCCUGUGGAGGUGGGGUGGACUCUUCCCAAUUCAGUGAAUACGUACUGAGACGAGAACUCAGAAGGACAUCUCGUGCACCCUCCGUCAUUCGAAUAAAGCAAGAGCCUCUGGACUAAAAUGGACAUGUUUCUUUAUGGAAAAAAAAAAAAAGAAAAAAAAGAGAGAAAGGAUUAAAAAAAGGGGAACGUUUCAUGUGCAGUUUGGAUUCCAAACAAGUCCUGGAACAAAAAUUGAAUAAAAGACACAUUUAUAUCAAAUAUAGAGACCACACCUGAAUUCAUAUGGGAACAUUUGGAAUAGUAGUAGUAAUAAUAACCUCAAGGUAUAAAAGAAAACACACACAUAUAUAUAUAAAAUAUGUAUGUAUAUAUAUGUAUGUACAUAUAUAUAUGUAUGUAUAUGUCAAAGGGUAGGAAAUGCAACAACAAAAAAGUGGUGGGUGAGCUUGGUGCUGUGAUGGCCAUUAAGUGUCCUAGGCCUUACUCGGGCCCACUUAACGGUGUACAAGCCAUUACCAUUGGGGGAUGCAUAGACUACUCUUUGCCCAUUUUCCAUUGCCAAACAGGCAUCCACUUUUUAAUGUGUACACACCUUGACUCAACUUUAUUUGCAUAUGGAGGUUUAUGUCUGUCUCUUUUAGAGGUGGAUGGGCAGGUGUUCAGGAGAUGACCAUCCAUUGCAGUGGAAAGCUAGUCAACUGAAAUUUUAAAUGUAGUUUGUACAGAAGUCGCACACUUUUUGUCUGCCCUCACAGAUGUGAAAGGUUAACUUUUUCUUUUGAAUGAGAUUUUUUGUUGUCUUUUUGUUUUGUUUUGUGUUUUUUUUUCAAAGGGGGUCAGAAUAAUUAAUAUUUGGUAGAGAUGCUCUGGUUUGAAUCUGCUGCUUUCCUACAAUUUUUUCAAAUUUUAUAAUGUAUUAAAUACAAUAAACUCUGUUUAAAAUAA